AUAUAUAUAUGAUUAAGUGAUUGGAGAGAGAGAGAGAGAGAGAGAGAGAGAAGGGAUGGAAGCAGAAGAAGAAGGUGGGGUGAGUUCAAAGGUGUUGAAGGUGGAUUCAGAGGAAGCAUGGGAUUCCUUCAUCACCCAAGCAAAUACCCAAGGAAUUCCAGUAUUUGUCCACUUCACAGCUGCAUGGUGUGUUCCAUCCAUUGCCAUGAAUGCCUUCUUUGAAGAAUUGGCUAUCAAGUACCAAAACAUCAUCAUGUUUCUCUUGGUAGAUGUUGAUGAUGUUAAGAGAGUUGCUAAGAAGAUGGAGGUGAAGGCCAUGCCCACAUUUGUGUUGAUAAAAGAUGGGAAAGUAGUUGAUAGGAUGGUUGGAGCCAACCCUGAAGAGAUUAACAAGAGGAUUGCAUGCCUUUCUUCAACCCCUUAAUCAACUCAAUUCUGAAUAAAAACUUUAUUAUUAUUAUUAUUAUUAUUACAUGAACUCUUUUUGUCCAGGAAAAACUUUAUAUGGUAAUUAUAUAGUGUUAAUAGUGUUUGUUUUUUUUUAAAUGUAUAUAUAUGACUACCAAUAUAUAAGCAAUUUGAGCUA